AUGACAACAGACGACCGAGAGACAACCUGCAUGGGCUCAUUCACCCCGAUUGGGUCUGGCCAGUAUUGCAGCACCCCAAGGACUCAUGAUCUGGCCGACCGUGGCCAAGAUGACGACGACACAUUGACCAAAAAUGAAAACGCCAAUGAGAUUGAAACUGAUUGUCAAUGGAAACAUGCGCCGCCGGCAGAACCGAGGCCUGUACCAACUGACGAUGUAGUCAAUUUGCUGGGCUUACAUGACCUGCUGCCGCACACAACUAUUGCCAGCCAAGACCAGAUGGUCGAGGGUAUAUUGUCGAGUUCAGGGAACUGCCGCCAGUUGUCGUUGGCUGCGAGCACAGCCUCAUUACUGGCGAUGACAGCGUCAGUUUCUGCCAGCCCAAACACGGCCUCGUUGGAUGCUUUUAAGUCAAGCAUGGCAGCAGCCAAGCUGGCCGACCGAGUGACCUGUGACCUCUGUAAAAAAGAGCUAUGCAACAAAUACUUCCUGCGCACCCACAAAAUAAAGGUGCAUGGUAUCUCACCGAAAGAUGCUGGUGGUCCGACACCUCGACACCCCAUUGGAAACUGCACGUCAAGCAGCACUGGGACAAGUUGUUCCAGCGUCACAAGCAGCAGCGGUGGCGCUGGCAACAGUUGUGACCUGAUUGCUGGUGGCGUCGGCGCAGCCUUGGGCAGUCUCGGGGGCCCUCCGACUGGCUUUAUUCCCACUUAUUCGGCCGGCAGUGACCUGUUCCGCAGGGCCACUCUGGGCAAUUUCAAAGCACAUUCCUUUCCCACCGGCUUUUCGGGACUUUGUCUGUCUUCAGCAUUGCCCGCCAAUUUUCUUCUUCCUCCUCCCCCUCAACUUCCCACAUACUCUCAUCCCUCCAUCCCUCUACCACCACCCCCCUUUGCUCCUCCGCUAGCGUUGCCGUUGCCCCCGCAGAACCCUGUCGAGCCGACAGAGGUUUCUCAAUCACCAGUCGCCUUGACAACACCUCCAUUCUGUCUGACUUUUUCUGGAGAUCCCGCGACUGCAACUAGUCUGGGUACUUUAGCCUCUGGACAGGCCUUUUUCCCGCCACCCCUCGGCUCUGCCGCGGCAGCAGCCGCUGCCGUCGCUGCCGCCAUCACCGGCUUCCCACCUCUUGUGUCAACCGGACUGUCUGGAGCCGACUCGAUUUCGGGUCUGCACAUGCCAGAACAGACCUGUAUCACGAGGUCCAACUCUUUCCCACUCACAUUUCCUCCCGUUUCACUAGCGCCAAUAGGCCAGAGCUCUUCCGGUCAGCUUGCUGAGCUGAAAAUCUGCCAUUCAGAAGAGGAGGUUGAACGUAUUGACAGUCCUCAUGCGUCUGCUCUCGCAUCGACACCAGAUAGCGAUGAAUUAGACACGCCGGCCAGACAGAAUCACAGACGGCAUAAUCAGCACCAACAAAACCACCAGCACCACCACCAUCAUCAACAUCCUUUGUUCAGCCUAGCGUCGACGAUCUACAGCGAACCUGGUCUCCACGAUCAGACUGGUGGCCAGCCUUCAUUUUUUCCUCCAAUAUUGUCCGAACAUCAGGCUCAGCUGGACGGUCCCAGCUCUUUGGCUGAACUGGUCACCAGCCAGGUAGUGCAAUGCCAAUUAUGCGGCCAAACGGUUGGCAACUGGUUGAUGUUGCCAGCUCACCUGUCUAGUCGGCACGGCCUCAGUCCGGGGCAUCCGGCCUUCUUCACCACCCUUUUGGGCGCCACUCGCCUGUCAACCCCGAGCCCCGAUGGCAACCCUCAGCUACACCAGUUGCCCCCCCAUGACCAAUGCCAGGCUGAAUCUGGUCAAUCCAAGAGAGGUAAAGAAGAACAGGAGAGUGGAAAAGAGAAUGCGAAAGAACAUCUGAAACAGGAAGACGAAGACCGGGGACGGCUAAUGCCUGAUGACUUGGAAGUCGGGCAAAACCCACUAUCGGAAACUAGUAACGUCAUAAGUUCGUCAGCAAAUCACUGUGGCAAUGACAUUAACGGUUCUCUCAUUCGAGGAACAUCAACACCCUCACAGUCGAAUGGCUCUCCAUCUCCAAGUUCUGGAAUGGAUGAAGCAAAUCCUAGAGAUUCAUCGGGUGAGUAA